CUCACACACGCUGCACACAGACACAGUUACAUACAUGGACAGCGGAAGGAGCCAUUUCAGAUGGGGAUUUUGUUGCCCGAAGACCCACGUGGAAACUACAGAGCCGAAGACCUUCAAUGUACAACCCUUCACCACAGACGAACCAGGGGCGUUUUCCUACUCACAACAUGACAAAAGCUUCGCGAGUUACUUCUCGACGUCCGACGUGUGUUCGCCAGACUCGUCCUACCUCUCUCUCCCUCGCACUCCAGGCUCCUUCUUGUCCUCGGUGGUCGUCGACGUCGGCUCGGACUCCCUCAAGGCCGGGUUUUCGAGGGACGACUCCCCCCGCGCAGUCUUCUCCUCGUGCGUCACGCGGCCCCGGCAUGAGAAGAAGGCCCUGUACCCGAAGCCGUGGUACGCCGGCGACGCGAGGCUGCCCCGCGCGGACAUCUUCUCGCGCAAGUUCCCGGUCGAGAACGGCGUCAUCAGCGACUGGGACGACAUGGGCAAGCUGUGGCAGCACACCUUCGAGAACGAGCUCAAGGUCGACCCCAAGGAGAACCCGCUCCUGCUCGUAGUCUCCGCCCACAACGCCUCCUCCGCCCGCGAGCUCAUCCUCCAGACGAUGUUCGAGAACUUCCACGUGCCGGCGCUCUACCUGGCCAACCCCUACGUGCUGGCCCUCUGCUCCUCCGGACGGACGUCGGGCGUCGUCAUGGACUCCGGCGACGGCGUGUCUCACGCUGUGCCCAUCCUCGAGGGAACCAUCGUGCCCCACGCCCUGCAGCGCCUGGACGUGGGCGGGCGCAGCCUCACCGACUUCAUGCUCCGGAUCCUGGCGGAGCAGGGCCACGCUUUCAAGACCUCCGAGGGGCAGAGCAUCGCCCGCGAAGUCAAGGAGAAGCUGUGCUACGUCAUGACGAAUUCGUACCACUCCUUCCCCUUUAAGGAGACGUACACCCUUCCUGGCGGCGGCGUCAUCACCGUCGGGAGGGAGAGGUUCCUCUGCCCCGAAGGUCUCUUCCGUCCCUCGAACCUCGGCCUGCAGGGCAAGGGCAUCCACGAGGUCCUCAACUCGGCCAUCCUCAAGUGCGACCCCGCCGUGCGGAAGCUCCUCUACCAGAACAUCACCCUGAGCGGCGGAAACACGCUCUUCCCCUGCCUGGAGGAGAGGCUGCUGAAGGAGGUCAUCGGCCUGAGCCCCCCGGGCACCAAGAUCAAAAUCGUCGUGAAGCCCCGGCGGCACUUCGGAGUGUGGUGCGGCGGGGCGAUCGUGGCCUCGCACGCCAACUUUCAGAAGCUGUGGAUUUCCAAAGAGCUCUACGAUGAGGUCGGGCCCGCUGUCCUUAACCUGCGGAGCUGA